AUGUCUGAUACCACCGUCAAAGUUCCCAAAAGGCGGGCGUCAACUCCUCGAAGCAAGAAAGGAUGUAUUACUUGCAAGUACGUAUGCCUGUUAGCUAGGUUACCUGAUGUACUAACUACUCGCGCUAAUACACCUCCCCGCUUAGAAUCCGGAGACUCAAAUGCGGAGAGGAGAGGCCUGGUAAGCCCUGCAACUUUUAUUUAUAUCCCCAAACACUUCAAAAUAAAACUCACACGGCAAAUAUAGGCUGUGUUCGAUGUGCAAAGUCUGGAUGGACCUGUGACGGAUACCAGGACACAGAAAUUUCUUCCAUCCCAGUCCCAAGCAGUAGCAGCAGCAACAAUGCUACACUCACUCCGUUGCUCCCUCGGUCUUCCUCCAAUAGAUCUGUAAAAUCAACCAGCUCCGCCCGGUCUAUUGAGCCUCGAUCUAGAUCUCCAAGCUUGGUAAGACUGGCAAGAAGUCCGAGUUACCAGCCUCAAGCAUCAGUUCAACUCGAGCAUCAAGAAUUGCAAUACUUCCAAGCCUUUGUCGACGAAAAUUCCAUUAGUCUCUUGCUCGAAAGCUGCUACUUUUGGAAAAGCGCGGCUGUUGCAGAGAGCAAAUCGAACCCCUGUAUCCGGCAUGCUCUCGUAGCUUUGGGAGCUCUAAUUACGAGUGCACAAAAGUCCCCAGAUGACACUUAUUUCAUUAGCAACGAUUCUGCUGAAGAUGGCCCGAGACAAUUCGCUCUACUACAGCACGAGAAAGCGAUCCGCUGUCUUCGGGAGGCAAUUUCCAACCAGAACCAAAACGACACCUUCAGCAUCAUUCUUUCGUGUCUUGUACUCGUUAGGUUGGAAUCCUUUAUCGGAAACGGUGGGUUUGUAAUGCAGCAUCUCCGGUAUGCUCGUAAGCUUGUCUUUAAAGAAAACCGAGAAGGACAAUACCCAACAAACCUUUCACUCUUGGGUGGCCGUGAGGAGGGUCUCAAUGAAGUUGUCAUGCGAAUGUUUUUUCAUUCUGAUUUGCAAGCCCUAGCAAUCAUGGGUCCUGCAGAUGAGGAUAGAUCGAUGGUAAUCAUGGACUCGCAGACCUCAGACUUUUCAGUUCCGUUAAUAUUCAGAGACUUGCGAGAGGCAAAGCGAUAUUAUACCUUUUUCUGUGAAGAGGGUUACAUGUUUUGGUAUCGCAACUCCCUCACGCUGCCUGGUACUUCCUGGGAAGCAAUUCCGCAGUUUACAAUAGCUUUACGCGACCAUCUCAUUCGUCAACUACACUUAUUUCUCUCUGCCCUAAGUCUUUUCGUAGGGAGGGAACCAGAUAAUCAAAGCUGCCAUCCAUUGCGAAAGCCAUCUUCAUUAAAGCUCGGCGUUGCGACCUUGGUAGUUCUGCUAACACUGACUCUGAACUCGAUGGAGACAGCUGUAGAUGUGUUACAACCACACUUUCAGUAUAUGGUCAAUACCUGCCGAGAGGUUCUGGAUUACGAAGCAAGAUUCCAUCAAAACUCUGGUAUACUCUCUAAGCCUAAAGGUUAUUGUUCAUACUGAUGGUUGUAUCUUUAGUUAAACAGAUAUUCUCGUUUGAGUGUCGCGUGGUCGGCCCCUUGUUUGUGGCUGCAACCAAGUGCCGCGAUGGCAACCUUCGUCGACAAGCCAUCUCCCUUCUUCUAUCCUCCCACCGAAGAGAAAUGAUGAUGGAUUCGCUUGUCAUGGGUAGUCUCGCAAAUUGGAUUAUGACGAUUGAAGAAGAAGGCAUGGAUGUGAUUGGAUUUAUUCCUGAUGAGAGUCGCGCCUGGGGUCAAUCUAUGUCGAUAGAUUUACGAAGAAAGGUCGUGAUUGCCAAAUGCGGCGUUGGGAGAAAGGCGCCCGGUCAGUGGAUUGAGAGAAUCACUGAACUGCCUGUUGGUCAGUAUUUGGAUUAG